CUCGAAGCUCUUUAGAAUUCUAUUCUAUUCAUUACCAAGAUGUUUAAAUAAAUUUCUCGCAAUGAUGUUUACUCUUCCACUAUUCUCUUAACACUCGAGCUGUGCUUGGUACUAUCAUUGGUAAGGUCGCUAUUUUUCAGCUUCUCAACAGGUAUACGUCUCUUUCUCUAUCACUAAGAAGUAGUACAUUCCUUAGCUGGCUUCCUAAGGAACAACCUCAACGAAUCCCACGAUAUCAGAGCCGACACGUUUUCAGCGCACGUUCGAAUCUGCCGCCAUGCAUCCACGGAUAAACAUACGAGAGCUCUUUAUGGAGUGGCUCCCGCCGAUAUGGGAGCGGAACUAUUUGCCGUUUUACAGAAGCAUUUAUGCGGGCUUCUACCUCCUUAUAACGACGUACCUCCGGCUGCUUCUGGGAUUAUUGGAUAACAAAUCCGAACCGAUAGUGAAACCGAUAGUGGUAUUCUCACAGCGAAUUACGGCUAUCUUGGUCUUAGUCUUUUCUGUGCUAGCCGGGCUGGCACGCUUCAUCACGCACACUUACAUAGAGCUAUUAGCGGUUAUACGCCAGCAUGCGCUCUCCUUUCUCCUACUGUGUCUGCGCACGGUGGACAGCGAAUUGUACCGGGUCAUGCACGCCGUAAUAGACAUACUGAUGAUCGCCCUGCAGAUAGGCUUUUGGUUGCUGUGCCUAUAUUCGUAUUUAGAGAUAUCGGUGGAUUCGAUACAGCAACCAGACCCGCUGAAUUGGGCCGCGGAGAAGCGUAUGAACCAAUAUUUCCAUAACGCGGAACGGCAAGGGAAUAAGUUGCGAUGGAGGCACAUGGCGGAUGACCAAGUUGUAAGAAUACCAAAUUAUGUUUUUCAUUAAUUCAUUGAUCUAGCUUAACGUGCGAAACGUAGGCGUCUUGCUUGGGAAAAGGUAGAAAUGGGGUAUAUAGGUUCGGUAUAUGUAAAUGGAUUUCAAAAUGUUUCCCGGUUUGAU